AACUGCCAGGCGAAAAAGCAGGUCGAGAGAUCGCACGACGGGUGUAAAACAGACAUCAAUUAUCUUGGAACUCAUCAUCAUCAAAAACCGCAACAUAGUUCCCAAGUAACUCCCGUCUUUCAAGUACAAGAAACACCCAUCGUAUCUGCAAUAAAAGCGGAUGCUGAGCCAAUCAUUGACCAUGGAGGUGCAAAUCUACAAAUGGUGCCGUUUGGGACAUCCCAUCAAUCGAUUGUUCCAAGAAGUGCUGAUGAUGUGAUUGUAGCAGUUCCUUGUUCAACUAAUGAUGAUAAUAAUAACUAUAAUAAAGAGGAUUAUUCAGACACUAAACGACAGAGAAGAGAAAUAAUAUCUGGAGAUGAGAAUGUGGUGAGUAAACCUCAUAGCGAGUUACGGCAUGUUGUUCAAACUCUGAGUGGGGUUGAUGUUAUUAAUGAUGGAUACCGCUGGCGUAAAUAUGGGCAGAAGUUGGUGAAGGGCAAUCCAAAUCCUCGGAGUUACUACAGGUGUUCAAAUGCUGGUUGCCCAGUCAAGAAACACGUAGAAAGAGCCUCCCAUGAUUCAAGGCUAGUUAUUACAACAUACGAAGGACAACACGAACAUGAAAUGCCACUACCUAGGCCGCCUGUAAACCAAAGUACACCAAGAAAUGAUGCUAAUACGAUCACCGCAAAUGGAGAAUCGAGACCCAAGCCCGAAGAGAACAAUCCCGUUUCACUUGAAAUGGUUGUUCAUCUUACUGCCAACUGAGAAAGCAAAUUCCUACUGCAGGCCUUUUUUCCAAUGCUAUCGUUCGAGUUAAAUAAUUUUAUAAUCAUAUAAUAACAUUUUCUUCUUUAUUCAUUUUAUCAUUGUACUUUGGAGUUAGUAGGGAUUCUUGAUCUUAAAUGAGGGAUUAUGUUUACUGUAAUCGCUAGUUCGACUCUUGUUUAAUUCGUCGCGGGCAGUGGAAUAACUUGUAGUAGUUGUAUGAUUGACUCAUUUGUCUUGAGAGAUUAAAAAUGUAUUGUAGAUUUGAUCUGA